AUGACUCGUUCUGCCCUUGUUUACAUCUUCGGAGACCAAUCCGAGAACUACAUUGCCGGCUUACGGUGCCUCCUCCAGUCUCCUCAGUCCGAUCAGACUUUGAGACAUUUUCUGACGCAGUCAUACGAGGGCAUUAUCCGGGAGAUCUCGCAGCAGUCAUAUUGCCCUGAGUAUCUCGCUGUCCAUACAUCCAGCUUGCGGGAUCUGCUGUCGAACGAGGCUGAGCGGUAUGUGCCACUGCAGCAUGCUCUAGCAACCCUCUAUCAUUUCGCCGCCUUCAUACAUCGUUGCCACCAGUCAGAAGGCGUCUACGUACUCCGUGACCAUCCGGCAACAUAUCUGAUCGGGCUAUGCACCGGAUCGCUCGCAGCCGCGACCAUCAGCUGCCUUGACUCUCUGGUCAAUCUUCUGCCAGUAGCAGUCGAUGUUGUGCGGUUGUCGUUCCGUGUCGGGGCAGUUGCAGCCAACAUAGCCCGGGCAGUCGCUGGCGAGGGUAAGACCAGGCCCCUUACAUGGGCGCUGGGCUGCGCCGGGCUGUUGCCAGAGACCGCCGAUGCAGUUAUCAAGACGCUUGUCCGAGAUCACACUUUGCCAGACACAGCCAGGCCUAUUCUCGCCAUGUCCGAUAUAACCUCGGUUAAGGUAAUCCCUAUCGCCAGCAGCCAGGCGCAGCGUAUCAUACCCAGCCUGCAGGGCGUGGAUGUGCACAUCCAGAGCGAUCUACUGGGCAAUAGCAACGACUCUCCGUCCGGAAUGUCUCUCGGUGCCAGCGCCCAAGGACCGCGCUUUGCUCUUGUCGGCAUGGCGGGAAGGUUUCCCAAUGCCGAGGAUACAUCUGCAUUCUGGGAUUUAAUUCUUCAAGGUCUCGAUGUUCACAGGGUAGUCCCCGACACGCGAUGGGACCCUCACACCCACGUUGACCCAUCGGGUCAGCGGAAGAACACCAGCCAGACAGGCUUUGGUUGCUGGCUCGACCGGCCCGAGCUCUUCGAUGCUCGCUUUUUCGGCAUUUCACCGCGGGAAGCAGAGCAAAUGGAUCCCGCCCAGCGACUGGCUUUGAUGACUGCCUAUGAGGCGAUGGAGGAUGGGGGUAUUGUCGCUGAUAGGACGCCAUCUACUCGACGCGACCGAAUGGGUGUGAUUUAUGGGGUGACUAGCAACGACUGGAUGGAGACGAAUAGUGCGCAGAAUAUUGAUACCUACUUCAUCCCCGGUGGCAAUCGUGCCUUCAUCCCGGGACGAGUGAACUACUGCUUCAAGCUGGGUGGGCCCGGUUUCUCGGUCGAUACGGCCUGUUCCUCCAGUCUUGCUGCGCUGCAUAUUGCCUGUAAUAUGCUCCGCACCCGUGAGGCGGAUACUAUGCUCGUCGGUGGCACGAAUGUGUUGACCAACCCAGACUUCACGAGUGGCCUAGAUCGUGGCCACUUCCUCUCGCGCACGGGGAAUUGCAAGACCUUCGACGAGACGGCGGACGGCUACUGUCGCGGUGAAGGCGUCGUCACCUUGGUGAUCAAGCGCCUGGAGGAUGCCCUUGCGGACCGAGAUCCUAUCCGCGGAGUGAUUGCCAACAUUGCCACGAACCAUUCAGCUGAAGCAGCGUCAAUCACAAAACCCCACGUCCAGAAUCAGGCUGCCCUUUUUCGGCACGUGCUGGACGGGAUCAGUCCGGCGGAUAUCAGCUAUGUGGAGAUGCAUGGGACAGGGACCCAAGCGGGCGAUACGUGCGAGAUGGCGGCGGUCUCGACGGUUCUGGCGCCGGGAGAAGCUGGUCAAUGCCGCUCACCGUCACAGCCUUUGUAUGUUGGUGCGGUCAAGUCGAAUGUGGGCCAUGGAGAGGCUGUCGCGGGCGCAUGUAGCCUCGUGAAGGCAUUGCUCAUGAUGGAACACGGGACAAUCCCACCCCACGCGGGCAUCAAGACCACCAUCAACCACGAGUUCCCUUCAGAUCUCUUUGAUCGCGGCAUCCGCAUCGCGAGACAACCCGUGCCGUGGAACCGCCCUGCCCGAGGCUUGCGUCGAGUUUUGGUUAACAACUUCAGUGCUGCCGGGGGAAAUACGGCGCUGCUCCUGGAGGAUGGGCCCAUCAUGGACAGUUCGCCAAGGCAAGACCCCCGGGGAACCUACAUUAUCACAUUGUCCGCGCGCUCGGCUACAGCCCUACAAGGCAACGUCCGCAAUUUACUCCGUCUCCUCAAUGAUUUUGAAGAGCAGGUGCCACUGCCAUCCCUCUCAUACACGACGACGGCGAGGAGAAUGCACCAUAGUUACCGUGCCGCAGUGCCAGCCUCCACUAUCGAUGCAUUGAAAGCCGGUCUGUCCAAGCUUCUUGAACCUGAACCACCGACGUCAACCCGGGCAAGGCAUCCGAGUAUCAUUUUUCUCUUCACUGGACAGGCCUCGGAAUACCGGGGGAUGGGGAAAGCGCUCUUCGACCAGGUCCCGUCCUUCCGCAGCGACAUCAUCCGCCACAAUCAACUGGCCUGCAAGUUGGGUUUUGGCAGCUUCCUCCCUGUGAUACGAGACCUAGAGACCGACAUCAACGCCCACACACUACCCGCUGUUCAUCUGGCAAUUGUCUGCUUGCAAAUGGCUUUGAGUUCCCUGCUCAAGACAUGGGGAAUUCAGCCCCGCGCCGUCACCGGCCACAGCCUCGGUUACUAUGCCGCUCUGAAUGCGGCUGGCGUGCUCACCGAGGCCGACACGAUCUUUCUCGUGGGAAGCCGCAGUCAAUUGAUCGAGCGUGAAUGCGAGCCGGUGACCCACGCCAUGCUAGCUGUGAAAUGCUCGGUCGCCGCCAUCAACCACCUCCUGGCGGACACUACGGUCACCAUUGCGUGCAUCAACGGACCGGAGGACGUAGUACUCAGCGGUCCCCAAGACGCCAUUACUCGGGUCCGGACUCGUUUAGCAACGGAGGCUAUCUACGCCACGCCCCUGGCUCUGCCCUAUGCCUUCCACUCGGCACAGAUGGAGGGGAUCCUUGACGACUUUCGGGCGUUGGCGGCCGGCGUCUCGUUCCGUCCGCCCGCAAUUCCGCUGCUCUGUCCGCUCACAGGACGGGUAGUCACGCAGCCGGGAAUCAUCGACCCGGGGUAUCUGGCAAAUCACACGCGUAGGCGGGUGGAUAUGGCGGAUAACAUACUUUCUAUGACCUGCGAAACCGAUCUCAGUAACCCCCGUUUGAGGUCGAUUAUUACAGGACAUGUGGUCAAUGGAAUCCCUGUAUGCACGCCGGCAAUAUACUGUGAUAUCGCUCUCACUUUGGGCGCUUAUAUCCGUGACGUCCAUUACCAGGACAGUGAACGCCUACAGAUUGAGGUCGCAGACAUGAGCAUCGACAAAGCUCUAGUCCCGCACUCAGUCAACCCUCACACCCUUCGGACGACGGUGGAUGUGGAUGUUGCCCAGCGUCAAGCGCACUGCGGCUUCGUGACCGACCAUGGAGAGGAAGUAAUCAUCCAUGCUACCUGUACUCUUGUCUUCGUCUCGCCCGUGGCUCCGUACUGGGCGGCGUCCUGGAAAGCCGAGGCCUUUCAUACUCAGUCGACCCUUGGUGAUCGAGCGUCGACUCAGACUCAGUCUUGUUAUCGCUUUAACAAAAUGAUGGUCUAUCGCAUGGUCGGCCCUGUUGCGGUGUUCGAUUCAGAGUACCAGGGGUUAGACAAUGUGAUUCUGGACAGUGAGAUGAUGGCUGCCACGGGUCAGGUGUACUGCCCGCUGGCGCAAAGCACGGAUUCCUCAUCAUUCCACAUCUACCCACCCCUCCUGGACGCGUUUACCCAGCUGGCUGGCUUCGCGAUGAAUGUCAAUAUUUAUUCUGAUCUGGAGAGCGAGGUCUAUGUGAACCAUGGCUGGAGAUCCUUGCAGAUUUUUACCGAGCUAUUACCGGAUCGGACUUAUCGUGGGACCGUGAAGCUGAGGAAGAAAGAGAAGUCCUCCUGGGAAGGCACACUAUAUCUUCUCUAUGAAGAUCGCCUGGUCUGCAGGAUAGACGGGCUGAUUCUUCUCGGAGUCCCGAAGCGACUGCUCAACCAGGUUCUCUCGUCGGCUCAGCGUGCACAACAGCCCGCUCUAUCUGCCAAAACCACCCUUGAUACAGACAAACAAGAACUGGAUUUACUCUUGGACUCUCCGGGAGACCGGCACACGAAAGUUCUGGAUAUAAUAUCAGAGGAGAGUGGCAUCAGUCGAGCAACGCUGAAUAACAGCACAACAUUCAUGUCAAUCGGGAUCGAUUCCCUCUUAUCGCUGUUGAUUACCGCGCAUUUGCGGGACGAGAUCGGAUUCGACCUGGGUCCCCGUGGGACCAUCUUCGAUCAUUACCAGACAGUGGGCGAGCUGCAGGAAGCGGUCGAGCAAUAUUUCACCCACGACGGCAGCGAGAAUGCCACGCCCUUCACGAUGACAGACUCCACCGAGCUUGCGCAGCCGUGUACCUCGAUCGUGCUGCAUUCAGUCGAUCCGACCUGCUCGACACCUCACAAGUACCUCUUUCUCUUCCCCGAUGGCUCAGGAUCCGCCCACUCCUACGCCCGUCUGCCGUGCAUCGACCCAUCCGUCACCACCGUCGGCCUUGUCUGCCCAUAUCGCACGAACCCUGACAAGAUGCUGACAAGCUGCACCCUGGAUGCGCUGAUAGCCAGCUAUCUCCACGAGAUUCGUCGGCGACAGCCACAUGGUCCGUACUCUCUCGGGGGCUGGUCCGCCGGGGGCAUCCUGGCCUACCGGGCCGCGCAAACCCUCCUCGACGCCGGUGAGCCCAUCGCCCACCUCUUCCUCCUCGACUCUCCGCCGCCCCAGCACGGACUUUCCGAGCUGCCCGAGUGGUUCUUAAACCGAUUCACGUGGGAGCAGGAUGACGGCGUAGCGUUUCUGACCGAACGCCGGACCGAUCUAUCUACGCGCCCGUGGGCGGAUCUUUUCCCCGCCGAGACGGAUAUACUGGCGUACGCAGUUGAUGCGGAUCAUUUUUCGAUGAUGGUAAGUGCUUUCUUGGAUUUAAUGCUCCCGGCUUCAAUCCGCCGCCUGUGCUUACUUGCGUAUUUGCGUUACAGGAAGGGUCCAUGGCGGAGCUGGUGA